AUGGCUACCCCCAGUGUUCUAACCUUCGAUACUAAGGGGCGUGCUGUUGACUUUGAGGUCUGGGUCGAUGAUCUCCAGCUGUUCCUACAGUGCGAUAGGGCAGACGGACUCUCCCUGUUCGAUCUCACCUCUGGUGCCUCCCCUGCCCCGCCUGCUACUGCUGACAGCACUGUUCGCUCACAGUGGGCCACACGCGAUGCUGCUGCACGUCUUGCUGUGCGUCGCCACUUACCGACCACUGAGCGUGCGCACUUUAGCCAUCGGUCGGCGCAGAGUCUGCCCCUAGCGGGAGACGCCGCACCGGCAAGGGAAAGGGGAGCAAGGGCGCUGGAGGGGCUGGCGGGGAAGGUGGAGGUGGUGGUGGAGGCAGUGGAGGGGGUGGGGGUGGUCGUGGGAGUGGUGGCGGGGGUGGAGGUGUUGGUGGCAGCAGCGACGGCGGAGGAGGCGGCGGCAGUGGCAGAGGGAGCGGAGGCGGCAGAGGUGGCGGAGGCGGCGGAGGUGGCGGAGGCGGCGGAGGUGGCGGAGGCGGCGGCGGCAGCGGUGGAGCUGGUCGCGGCUCUACGAAGAGGAGUGGGUCUGGGGCGAUAG